GCUGAGAUCUGUCGUUCUCCGCUGCAUAAAGCAGCUCUUUCAUUCCAAAAAAGCCGGAAAAAUGAAUCCAACUGCCAGCGAUCUCCCACAAGGUUCAAUGCUCGAAGAGGACUCUCCUGAGCCCUCGCUUCUCAGAGUACACCGUCUAACACCAAGUGAAGACUACAAGACAAAGUCAUGGAAAAAUGGGCUAGGAUAUACAAGCGAGAUUAGCAUCUACCCACCAAAGAAGGAUUUCAAAACUGAGGCUUUCUUUUGGCGUUUGAGUAAGCAUCGGAUCGAUGCAAACUGCAACUUUUCAGUAUUUCCAGGAUAUGAGUGCACAACUAUUGUUCUACCGAGUGGCCACGAAAAUGUUACACUAUUGCUUAACCAUAAGGGGGAAGAAAUGUCGACCAAGGUGAAGCCGUUGUUCCCUUAUUCUUGGAACGGAUCAUGGGUGACGAGUUGUCGCGUGUCAAAUCCGCCCAUCACAAACCUGCAGUUCAUGGUCAAGAAGAAUUUGGGCACCGCACAGUUUUAUGUCGAGAAAAUUGGCCAGCCCAUCUCAAACGAGAGCGGAGAAACUGGAAAAAAACUGUUACUGGGAUCAUUUGCCUUGGUCUACGUCGUGGAUGGAUUUGUACGGAUCACUUUGGACGAAAACCAUAUGCAUGGUCAUUCUGUGCUUCUUUCGCCUGAUGAGACGCUGUAUAUCGAGCGUGACGAAGAAGCAAGUCCUACGAGCAUAUUUAUUCAAGCAGCUGAUGCAACAGGUGCAGUAGGUGGUCAUGAUUUAGACGCUACUGUUAUUACAAUGCAAAUUUCCGAAGUAAAACAAAGCACUACAGCCAUGAGCGUCGAAGAUAGUAUAGGAAGACUUAGCCACAGUAUGCUAGAAGCAUCCAUUAGUGCUGCACAACAACAACAACAACAAAACAAGAGUACUGGGACUGCACCAAGCCAACGGCGCGAGCCUCGCCGUAAAGGCUCCCUCGUCGUGUACGACGAUCAACCGCUUGUUGGAAACGCUCUAGCUUCUACUGCUGGUGGGCCCGAUAUUAAAACGAUAGUUACCUCUGCUGAGCCUAUGCCUAUUCCAGGAUCUACUAGUGGCGCUGCCGAUGCAGACGCGUUAGCAUCGAGUUUGCAAACAACCGAACUUGCCUCAGUGGAUGAAGGGAUGCGUCGAGAUAGUAUUGCAAUGAUACGCGGAAACCUCGAUACAUCGCAAGUAUACGCGCCGCCUAAUUUCGCACUGCUCCCUCAGGAUACCGAUGUUCCACCACCUGUGGUUCGUGACCGUCUCGUCGUUGAAGAUUUCCCUGUCAAUACAAUAAGCACAGCUUGGAUUAAAAUGGUCAAACAAGGUUUGAGUGAAUGGAUCCGGUUGCCUGCUAUUGUUUGUAGAGGUGCAGAAGAGGGUCCUGUUGUUGGUAUAACAGCAGCUGUCCAUGGAAAUGAGCUUAAUGGCGUACCAUGCAUACAUCGUGUUGUCUCGGAAAUCGACGUCAAGAAGCUGCAGGGAACUGUUGUUGCUGUUCCCUGUGUCAAUAUGGUUGGAUAUCUUCAGUUCAAACGCGAAUUUGCUGACGGUCGAGAUUUAAACCGACAGUUCCCAGGAAAAGAGGAUGGAUUUGCAUCGCAAGUCUACUGCUACCAUCUUAUGAACAAAGUUAUCUCCCAGUUCAACUACUUGAUCGAUUUGCAUACUGCGAGCUUUGGACGGAUCAACUCGUAUUAUGUUCGUGCAGAUAUGAACGACAGUGGAUCUGCAAUUCUGGCGCGCUUGCAACAGCCCCAAAUUGUUCUUCAUAAUUCUGGACAAGAUGGAACGCUGAGAUCUGCUGCUGCUGCAAGAGGCAUCAAAGCAAUCACGGUAGAAAUUGGCAAUCCGCAACUGUUCCAAAACCAAUACGUGCAGUGGUCAUACAUGGGCGUGAUGCGCAUCUUGGAUAAUCUUGGAAUGUUUACCCUGAAUUUGGGACCGGAUCAAGUCAUGCUUGGACCUCCAAACACGGUUUUGUGUUCCAAAGGUUUCUGGAUCUACACAAGAACGGGUGGCGUAUUAGAAGUAUAUCCUGGUGUAAAUACAAUUAUCCGCAAGGGCGACGUGAUUGCUAGGAUCAAAAAUAUUUUCGGCAACGUCGUGGAUGAGUAUAGGUCUCCAUGUGGUGGAAUUGUAAUCGGACGCAGCUCGAACCCUGUGGCAAUGUCUGGCGAUCGAAUUCUUCAUCUGGGAGUCAUCAAAAGAAGGGGUGAAACUCUACCUAAAGAAGCAAAGGAGAACUACUAAGCUUAGUAGAAACGGAUUUAGUUGUAAAUAAAGUAUUGAGAGAAGCACCUUCUCGAACAAUCGCAUGCGUACAGUGACGUUGAGCAGACAUUGAGGUGGAAGAAGGGUGAUACCUAUUUUGUAAUGAUUCUAACAGUAUGGUGCACCAAGUUUCUAGCUACGGCUUUUAGCUAUCUCAUUGCUAUGUGCAUGAUCGUUUCACAAGCAAUAUGACUAGUCAUGCAGCAAGUGUCAUCAGAUUUCCGAGUGAGUCACCCGGGAAAAUGCGGAUUAUUUCAUUCAUUUGGAUCCACGUAUCUCCGGGAGCUGUGGGCAGCUAUACUAGUAUGUAACGUAUGGCUCCUUCACCACAAAUUGUCCUUUACGAUCUCAAACUUGUUGAUGCCCCGGGUUUGAUAUGGUC